UGGGGGCAGCAUGGAGGGUGCGGUGUCGGACGUGGCUGUGUGUAACCUGGCGUUCGCGGGGCGCCUCGAGGAGUUGCGGGCGCUGCUGCUCCGCGACAGGGCCCAGGCCACGCGGGCUGAUCAGGAUCACCGCACCGCACUGCACUGGGCCUGCUCGGCGGGACACACGGACGUCGCAGACCUCCUCCUCGGGCUUGGCGUGCCUGUGAACGAUAAGGACGAUGCUGGUUGGACUCCCUUGCACAUUUCUGCUUCAGCAGGCCGUGAUGAAAUUGUGAAAGCCCUUAUUGCUAAGGGUGCUCAUGUAAAUGCUGUCAAUCAGAAUGGCUGCACGCCCCUGCAUUAUGCAGCCUCCAAAAAUAAGCAGGAGAUUGCAAUCAUGCUUUUGGAGAAUGGAGCAGAUCCGGAUGCAACGGAUCAUUUUGAGUCCACCCCGUUACACAGAGCAGCAGCCAAAGGAAACCUAAAAAUGGUACAGAUCCUUGUGCAGCACAAUGCAACUGUGGAUAUGCGGGACUCUGAAGGAAAUACUCCUCUUCAUUUAGCCUGUGAUGAAGAGAGAGUGGAGGAGGCAAAGCUGCUGGUGUCUCAUGGUGCAAGUAUUCACAUUGAAAAUAAAGAAGAGCUGACCCCACUGAAAGUGGCAAAGGGUGGCCUGGGAGCCAUCCUUAAAAAAAUGGUGGAAGGCUAGAGAGGGGCUUCCCACUUGAGUCUCUCCUGUUGUACUUCUACUUAAGACUGCGAACUUCAUAUUUUGAUAGUUCAACUAGGAUGUUAUGUGUAGUAUCAGCAUGGUAACAAAAUGUUUUUAUUGAAGCUGUCCUUCAAGUGCAGUGCCAAAACAAUUCUUUGUACUUCCUGUUAAUUAAAUAGUUCACUGAAUUUAAAGUAUUUUUCAAUAUCUCGCAGUUUUCUUUCAUAAGUGUGAUGUGUAUAAAUGUGGUAUUCCUUCUACUUCAGAUCCCAGUUUAGAAUUAUUUCUUUCAAGAAAAGGACCAAAAAUGUUCUAACCAUGUAAAGCCAAUUUUUGUUUUAUUCUAGAGUCUUUGUUUUUUGUCUUAGCCUUUGUGAUUUCUGUGUGUGGUUUUGUGGGUACAAAAACCCCACAAAAUUGCCUUUCUCCAGAUGAUACUAAGCUACACUGUAUUUCUCUUUGUAGAAUGCAGUUUGUUCAUUUACUUAGAUAACUGUAUCGAUUUUUGCUACUCUUGAUGUAUUAAGUGAAAUGUGAGUGUUUAAAGCUUUUCUGUUGUUACUGUUGUUAUCCUGUUUUUCUCUGAGUCUUUAAAUACAUGUAUUUGAUGACGUGCACUGGACACAGGCACUUGCAGACUUUCAGGGUUACCUCUGCAAAUACACUGUGUUAUAAUGGAUGGCUCUGGAUACUCCUCUGGGAUGUACUUCGACUUUAAUAUUUUUCUUCUUGCUCCUUUUGUAGGUUUCUCCUUCUGUUCUCUUUGACUCUCAUAUGCAGCACUGACACUUGCAGUUUACCAUCUUAUUUUAUAACAGAAGCCUGGUUUAACCUUUAUUUACUUUAAUUAUUUGUAAGUUAUUGCAAGGCAGAGUCUCAAAAGUGCUUCUGUCCUGAUGUUGAUAAGAUUAUUUUUGACACCAGUGGAUAGAUUUCCCCUUGAACAAAAGACAAAAUUUGUAAUAGACAGGUAGAAGAAUUAUAAAAGAAAGGCCUCAUAAAAUCAGGCCUUGCUCUGCUAAAUUAAUAGCUGGCUUUUUGCUUCUUCUAAAGUGCAGCUAAGUGGUUUGCAAGUUCCCGUGUGAAAACAGUCUUGGGAAUGAGAGUUUGUUAACACAACAAACUAUUCCUGGGUGAAAAACAACUGCACCUGGGUAAGCAAUGGAUUUGUCCCAUGAGAAUCAGUGAAGAAAUAUGUAAACAAUUCAAGAAUAGGGAGAUUUUAUGGACAAGUAAAAUAUCUUUUACUAACCAAUAGAGUGAUUGGCAGGAAAGCUAUUAACCAAUUAUAGUUGCACACAAGGUCUGUAAAACCUGUAUAAAGUGAGUUGUGUGAAUAAAGAAUUGGCUUUUCCUGCAUGAAGAAAAUGGAGUCUUGGCUGAAUUAUUACAACAGAAAUUCUGUGAAAUAAAGAACUUUCCUAAACAACA